AUGGCAUUUGUCACACCUGAUGGCCACUAUGAAUAUCUGCGUAUGCAGUUCGGGCUGGCAAAUGUUCCUGCAGUGUUCCAAAGGUCAAUCGAUAAAACGUUAGGGUAUCUGAAAAAUACAUUUGCGUUAGUCUACCUCGAAUAUAUUCUAAUACCAUCGGAGACUUUUGAAGAAUAUCUGGCAUCAUUGGAGAGGGUGAUAGAGGCCUUGAGCAAUGCCGGAUUCAGCUUGAAUCGAUUUGUUAUUUUCAUUUUUGUCGUUUUUCUCAUAAAUUUUAGGUUUUUCAUUUUUUUAAAUAUCUACGUUUUUCCGAGAACCAAGCAGACCGCUCGUAAAUCGACCGGAGGAAAAGCACCCCGAAAGCAGUUGGCGACCAAAGCGGCGAGAAAAAGUGCACCGGCAACGGGAGUAGUUAAAAAACCUCAUCGCUACAGACCGGGCACCGUGGCUUUGAGAGAAAUUAGACGUUAUCAAAAGAGCACCGAACUAUUGAUCCGAAAAUUACCGUUCCAAGGACUGGUCAGAGAAAUCGCUCAAGACUUUAAAACGGAUCUGCGUUUCCAAAGUUUCGCGGUUAUGGCGUUGCAAGAAGCGAGCGAAGCUUAUCUCGUCGGUCUUUUCGAAGAUACAAAUUUGUGCGCCAUUCAUGCCAAACGAGUAACGAUCAUGCCGAAAGAUAUUCAAUUGGCAAGGCGUAUCAGGGGAGAGAGAGCUUAAGAUUAAUAAUAAUCUCUUUUAUUAUUAUUAACAACAAACCGGUUCUUUUAAGAACCACAAAUCAUUUUCCUUUAAGAUUUCGUUAAAAAUUGAAAAUAAAAAAUAAAGCCCGGUUGGAAUUUUUUUUUCGCAACUAACGACGUCUUUAAAAAAAAAUAAUUAAUGGUUCUGAUCAUGGCACUAAUUUUGUAGGAUCAAAAAAUGAAUUAGAAAAAUUAAUCAUUAAAAAUCAAGACGAAAUUCAAAGACAAUUAAGUGUUAACGGAACUACCUGGCAUUUUAUUCCCCCCAAAGCACCUCAUUUCGUUGGCCUCUGGGAGGCUGGAGUUCGUUCGACAAAACACCAUUUAAAACGAGUGUUAAAGGACACACCUUUAGCCUAUGAAGAAUUUUCAACGAUUUUAUGCCAAAUUGAAGCUUAUUUAAAUUCCCGGCCAUUAACUCCUCUCAAUUCAGACCCCAAUGAUCCUCAAGCCUUGACACCUUCGCACUUCCUGAUUGGAGAAAGGCUGACAAAAAUUCCCGAAUCGGACUUCACACCAAUACCAGAAAACCGUUUAUCGAAGUUUCAAAGAUGUCAACGUCCAGUACAACACUUCUGGAAGCGUUGGUCCAACGAAUUUAUAUCGGAACUGCAGCAAAGGUUGAAUUGGACUAAAUGCUAUCCGAAAUUGCUAAAGCCAGGUUCCUUGGUUAUCAUCAAGGAGGACGAUUUGCCCCCAUUGAAAUGGAAGCUUGGAAUCGUACAAGAUGUUCAUCCAGGAAGUGACGGAAUAGUUCGUGCAGCAACUGUAAAGACACCAUCCACAACUGUAAAGCGACCAGCAGUCAAACUUUGUCUCCUUCCGAAUGAUGACAAUCAAACAUCCGUUGAAGCCUAGCGGCUGUCAAGGCGGCCGGCAUGUUAGGCACAAAUCGCACGUUCUGGCAACGUCGCAUACAACCGACACCGCAGCAUCACAGCUGAGAUGAACUGUCUAAUUUUGUGUUCUGUGUUCGACCCGGGUCCAUGCCUAUAUAUAGUCAAGAAUAA